UUUUUCAAAGAUUCCUUUCAUUCAUUCAGCAGCCAUUUUAUUGUGUUUGUCUUUUUAUUGAAAGACAUAAUUUUGGUUCGCGUGUUCAAAUAGUUGUUUGUUGUAGUAGUUUUACCCUGGUUAUUUGAAAAUAGUAUAAGAUAUUUUGUUUAAGUGCAAGUUACAGUUAUCGAUAUGUCUGAAACAAGUGAUAUUGUCAAACAGAAAAACAUUAAAAGAGGUUACAUUAAAGCCACGCUAACAAGAUUGGCUACAUUUUCAAAGCAAAACUUGUCAUCAUGCUCCAAAGACGAAUUGCUCGUCAAAAAGCAACGGUUAACCGAGGCCUUUAGUGAAUACGAAGAGCUCAAUCAGGAUUUGUUGUAUUUAAAUCCAAAUGACGAUGAAAAUAUAGUGCUAGUGGAGGAAACAUACUAUCAAACCUUGACAUGUUUCAAUCAGACAUUAACGACAUUAAAUUCUGGAAACCUACAAGAGCCAACAGCUUACAACACAACAGCCCAAUGCAGCCAAAGAACGAAAUUACCGGCUAUAAACAUUGGUAGCUUCAAUGAUGGCUACACAGCUCGAGCUUACCAGCUCGAAAGAAAUCAAGAUGCAGAUCCUGCCAUGGAAGAAUUUCUCAAGUAUCUGGAGCGGAGAGCCCUUGCAUUGGAAAGCGCUGAGCCCAGUCAAAAUGCUCAGCAUACAAGCAUGGACAACUGGGCAUCCACAACUAAGUCCAGACCCAUGGCUGCAACACACAUCGUGACAGGAACACAAUGCUCUCACUACGCUGUUGCUCCAGACGGAGCCGAUAAAGAUCGAGCUUCCCGAGCAGCCUCCGAGCCCAGCCCAGCCGCCGAGCACCGCGUCGGGGCCACAGUCUGAGUCAACCAGCGACAGCACGGCGCCAGCACCGCGACGAUACUUGAGUAUUAUUAACACUGAGUUCGGACACAUAGUAGGAGGUAACAUACCAUGUCAUUUAGCACAGGCAGCGUCACACAAGGUAGUCUUAAAAUGUACAUUAGCCCCUCUCAAUGAUACGAUUGCUCAAUUUUGGAACACAGAAAAAGUGCCUGAAAUUUUUAGCGAGAAAUCUUCAGAACAGGAACUUUGCGAAGAGGUAUUUCAGAGUACUGUUAAGUUAGAAGAUAACAAAUUCCAAGUUGCUUUGCCUCUGAAGUUACCACUUUCCGAGGUAAACGACGCACUUGGCGACUCUUUUCACUUUGCACACAAACGGUUUUUGAACUUAGAGAAAAAACUACAUGCAAACCCAACUUUGUUCAACCAAUACAAAGAAUUCAUAAACGAAUAUUUACAGCUCAAUCACGGUCAUUAUAUAGACAUUGAGAUGUACGAUUUAAACAAGGAUGCGGUAUAUUUCCUUCCUCACAGAGCAGUCAUCAACGAGAACAGCAAAACUACGCCAGUGCGUACUGUUUUUGAUGCAUCAAUGCUAACAAACAAGAAAAUUUCUUUAAAUGAUUUACAACUUAAUGGACCUACAGUCCAAAGAGAUCUGUACGAUAUCAUUAUCCUAUUUCGAUUAGGGAAAUUCACAUUCACAACGGAUAUAAGGCGCAUGUUUCGGAAUAUUAAUGUCGAUCCCGCAUACACAUCACUUCAGAAUAUUCUCUGGAGGGAAAGCCCCACAGAGACACUAAAAGUUAUAAGACUCGAUUCAGUAACUUAUGGUUUGAAGUCAUCGAGUUAUCUUGCAACACGUUGUUUAGAUGAGCUGGCAACUAGGUACAGAAAUGAUUACCCCCUAGCUUCAUCCAUCAUCAAAGAAAACACUUAUGUGGAUGAUAUUAUAUAUUCGCAUAACGAUUUAAAUACAAUUCUCUCAGCAAAAGACCAAUUGUGCAAUUUAUUAAAGCUAGGUAGUUUUCACACACACAAAUGGUGUACAAAUGAUGAAAGGAUAUUAGCAGGUGUUCCCUCUACUGAGAGACAAUUUGAAAGCUUAAACCUUCAAAAAGACGAUUAUAACAUGAAAGCUUUAGGUCUACAACUUAAUAUAAAUGACGACAAGUUUAUAAUCUCGUCUCCGGAACCUUUUAAUCCAGAAAAAAUUACAAAGAGAACCAUACUCAGCUACAUAGGUAGAAUUUAUGACCCUAUGGGUUAUGUAGGCCCAAUUGUAGUCACAGCAAAGGCUAUUAUGCAAAAACUGUGGUCAUCAAGCUGUAGUUGGAAUGAUUCACCUCCUCAGGAUGUCCAAAAAGAAUGGCUUCAGUAUACUGAGCGAUUAGCUAAAAUGCAACCGAUAACUUUAGCUAGAAACAUAGACUUUUCAGACUCUCACACAGCACAGCUGAUUGGUUUUGCUGACGCCUCGAGUACGACGGGCUACGGAUGCUGUUUGUAUCUGCGACUCAUAGAUGCUUCAGGGACAAAGGUAACAACACAUUUACUCAGUUCAAAGUCCAGAAUAAAUCCCGAGCAAAAGAAAAAUAUGACUGUUCCAAGACUCGAGCUCAAUGCUGCACUUUUGCUUUCUAAAUUAGUAGUCAAAACCUACGCGACGUUGCAACUUAAGAUUGAGAUUAAGAAUGUAUAUUUAUUCAGCGACUCGCAGGUUGUACUUGCAUGGCUUAAAACGGAGAUUACAAAACUGCAAGCAUAUGUGGCGAAUCGAGUAAAUGUGAUUCACCAAAACACAUCUAGAUGGCGCUGGCUGUAUGUUAAUACCCAUGAGAACCCGGCAGACCUGAUCAGUAGGGGAGUCCAACCAGGAGAGCUGAACGGCAAUAAUCUGUGGUGGAGAGGCCCAGAAUUUCUACAAAACAGUAAGUGGGACCUUUCUUGUAAUGAGCCGAAAAUACCUUAAGAGGUACCAGAGGUAAGGAGCUGCGCUGUGCUUGCUAGCGCUCCCGUGUGUAUAAAGCCAAACCCGCUAGAGUACGUUUUUAAACGCUUAUACGAAUGCUCUGAUAUUAACAAAAUUGUUAGGCUGUAUGCAUACAUAUUAAGGUUUUUGAAUAACACUAACAAAAUAAACAAUAAAUUGAACACUAGCUACUUAACAAGCUCCGAACUGCACAACUCGCUUCUGCAAAUAAUCAAAUAUGAACAAAGUCAAUAUUUUUCAGCUGAAAUAGAAUGUUUAAGUAUGGGUAAAAAACUAACAGGCAAUCUGACUAACCUCCAUCCAUUUCUCGAUGAGAUGGGACUAUUGCGUCUUUCGGG